AUGUCUGCAAGACGCCAGGCAUCUACAACCUCACUCUCAAAGUACGCUCGAAACGACCCUGUCCCUCGUGACCGCUCCGCAGACUUCUGUAAUGCUUUCUGGGGUAUUGCUGAUGGAGGAGUCGAGGUUCUGUUUGCUAGAAUGCGUGGGGCAGCUCGAAGCAUGGACGAGUUGAGGAACUUUUGGAAGGAGAGGGCCUCUAUUGAGGAAGACUAUGCUCGACGCAUGGCUCGACUUUCGAAGCAAGCCUUGGGAAGAGAUGAGAUCGGCGAUCUCCGCGCUUCACUCGAUGCUAUCCGCGGCGAAACCGAACGCCAAGCUCAAUUUCAUCUAACUCUUGCCCAACAAGUGCGGUCAGACUUAGAGGGUCAGACAAGCGCCUUCUAUGCGAAACAACAGCACCACAAAAAGACUUACCAGAGCGGCAUCGAGAAAGAGUUCAAAGCGAAACAGUUGCAAGAGGGUUAUGUCGCUAAAGCACGGGAGAAGUACGAGACGGACUGUAUGAAGAUUAAUUCGUACACUGCUCAGCUUGGGCUGGUCCAAGGGAGAGAUGCGGAGAAGAUCCACAUCAAGCUUGACAACACGAAGAAGACGGUCCACCAAAAUGAACGCGAUUUCGCCAACUUUUCAAGGGUUUUGGUGGAGACAACUGCGAAGUGGGAAAUGGACUGGAGGGUGUUUUGCGACAGUUGUCAAGACCUCGAGGACGACCGAAUCGAGUUUAUGAAAGAUAACAUGUGGGCCUACGCAAACGCGGUGUCAACUGUUUGUGUUUCGGACGAUGAGUCUUGCGAAAAGAUGCGGCUGGCACUAGAGCAAAUGGAGCCAGAGCGCGACCAAGAAAACUUUGUUCGUUCAUAUGGUACAGGCAAUUACAUUCCCGACCCUCCUCCAUUUGUCGACUACAAAGACCCUAACUCUAUUCCUUCUUCUUCGAUGCGACCAACCUGGCGGGUAGCCAAUUUCGCGCGGUCCUCCCAACGCCCGCCGCCAAAUCGGCGAGCCCCUCCACAACCCGAACCCGAGCCAGAAGUUGAUGACCCAGUCAACGGCCCUAACUCUGCUGGCCUUGGUACAGUUCGGAGAGGCGAUGAUGCGAGUGCUAUGAACGGUAUCUCGAGGCAAAAUACCCAGAAGAUUAUACCACAACAACCUCAGCCACAACAAGCCAUGGGUAGUUUUUCGCCAAUGCCCUCAAGUUCGACGGUAGCAUUGCCUGAGCCUUCGAGUUUGUCGAGAAGACCAACAUCAAUGGCUCUGGAUCUCUCUAGGCGUCCCACAAGCACGAGCGCUACUUCAAAGCCAUCAUCUCAUCGUGUUCCUCCACCCGAAACAGCGCCAAUUGAAGCGACGGCAGAGACAUUCAUCAAGGUCGGAGACACAUCAUACAAAGUCGAUUUGUCCAAAGACCCCAGAGCCGGUCCAAGCAGUAGCAAAAUGUCUUCCUCUCCACCAAGUUCCGGGACAGUCGAUCCAUUCGCAAAACAAAUGGAAGAUUUGCAGAUGGCUGCGACGACCGUGCGGAGGAAGAGCACAAGACGAGGGGCAAUUGAUACCUCGUCGAAUGGGCAACCGCAGUCAAACACUCGACCGUCCUCGGUUGCGCCAGGAGCCAUUGUAGCUGUUGGCAGCAAUCAAAGCCAGAGUCAAUAUCGACAACCGCAGCAACAGCAACCGCGGCGUUCACCUUCGCCUUCUCCAAAUCGCGAUUACCGGCAUUCGGCCGAGAUGGUUGUGGGUAGCCACCCAUUUGCUUCACGGCCGUCGUCUCCAGCUGCGCCACAACAACAGCAACAAAUUACUGUUGCUUUCAUGCGACCUGCUUCUGGUCCUCCGCCGGGUGCGGAUAUGGUUGCAGACGUGUUGACGGACUAUCAGCAAAGCUUACCGGGUGAGCGGAAGAUGGUCAGUCGGAGGGGAAGUUAUGUUGGCGACCAGCCAAACUCGAUAUCCCAUUCGUAUAACCCCAGCCAGAGCUCGAUUAACCAGCAACAACAACAUGGCGCUGCGUUGUCACGACCGCCUAGUCAGGGCUUCGCUGGGGUUGGCGCACAUUCCCGCAGCACAAGUCCUGUACCGCAAAUGUCAAUGUCACGGGGACCGAGUCCUGCUCCGGGGCAAGGGCAAAUGGUGCUUGCGAGACCACCAAGUCGUGGCCCUAGUCCGCAAAGUCAAGGUUUUGCGAUGACAAGGGGACCCAGUCCAUCACCGAUGGGAAUGAAUAGAGGCCAUAGUCCUGGACCGUCUUCAAAUAUGCAACACAACCCACGACAAAGCCAAAGCCAAGGCUUUAUAGCACCUCCUCCACCAAGCCAACUAAUCAACCGAUCACCGAGUCCUAACAAUGUCGGUAUUGCGCUGGAUUCAAGUGGAAGGGUUAUGCAUGACGAGAUGGCACAGCGCUACCAACCUCCUCCCCAGCAACAUCGACAAUCAAUGCCCCCGCAACAGUCACAGAUUGUUCCCUAUAAUCCCGCCCAAGCCCAACAACAACAACAACAACCUCAGAGAAGGUUAAGCUAUAUGGGCCCAGGUGGCGUGGCUGUUCCACCCCCUCCACCAUUACAAACUGGCGCUGUUCCAUAUCAACAUACGGGAUACCAGUCGCAACAACAUGCCCCGCCCCAGUCGAGUUACUCACCUCAAUCUUAUCAUCAUGCACAACAGCAGCAACAGCAAGCGCCGUAUCAGCAUCAACAACCUUAUGGAAGUGGUUCGCUAAACGGACAUCACGCAUCUCCUCAACGGACGAUGUCAACAGGCCCCAACGGUUGGCAGUCGACGAUCCAGCCUCAACAACAGCAACAGAUCCCUCGAGCGCAACAAACGUCACAGCAGUUAGUCCGCGUGCCUCAGCAUCAAGGGCAGCAACAACUGCAACAUCCCUCCCAUUUCCAGCAGCAACGGCGCUCACCGUCACCGUCGCCUGGGUCGCAGCAACAUACUUCUGAUGGCAAGGCGAUCUUGUUUUAUGUGAAAGCGUUGUUCCCGUACACGGCGACUAUCGAGGAGGAAUUUGAUUUCCAGGAGGGUGAUAUUAUCGCUGUCACGAGCACACCUGAGGACGGAUGGUGGAGUGGCGAGUUGUUGGAUGAGUCGAGGAGAUCGUACGGUAAACACAUCUUCCCAAGCAAUUUUGUGGAGGUAUUUUAG